GUUUUAGGGCGGGUGCACUUCCCUGAGAAGAAGAGGUGUCUAAGCACAAAACUGUAAAUAGUGACUGGAAAGGUGCAAGGUGCAGCUUCUCCUUAAACCUCUCUCUGAAGUAUGCAGCAGACAUGACAUUUGGGUGAUGAGGGUAACUAAUUCACCUUGGAUAUGCAGCUAUGGCUCCCUUUCAAUAACUAUGCUCAUCUGGUUUUCACUUCUUUUUGGGUCUAGUGUGAGUGAAGAAUUCUGUGCUUCCAAAGAAAAUGGCAAUUAUGGAAACCCUGGUGACCCCCACUCAUUUAUUACAUGUGCUAAUGGGUACAGUUUCAUAACAAAAUGCCCAUCAAAUUUGAUCUACAAUACAACAAGUAACCUGUGUGAUUUCUCCACAGAAGAAACCACUGGAUGUAAAAUCUCAGAUCAGUUCAAGCCUAAUGGCCUCUACAGUAACCCAGAUGAUACCCACUCUUUCAUUAUGUGCUCAAAUGGAAACAUUUUCAUCAUUAACUGCCCUGCAGGUCUGGUCUACAAUGUUCAGAAUCAGCAGUGUGAAUUUCAGACCACCUCCUUUUCAACAUCUAAAGCAGUAACAUCUUCAACCACUUUAUUCUCAACAACUGUACCCUCUAGUGAACAAUCAUCAUCUGCUACAAUUACUACAAUGCCUCCAGUAACUUCUACCAAAAUUGCAAAGUUUCCUUUAUCUUCAACGACUAGUGUUAAUCUUUUUUCACUGAGUUCAUCAUUGAUGACAAGCACUCCAGCUUUAACCACUUCAGCUACCAUGGUGGUCAUAAGCCCACAAACAACUGCAGGAUUGCCUUCCUCAUCACAAACUUCAUUGAUACAGCCAUCAACAAAUAUGGAAACAGCAACUGCUUCUUUAUUAAGUACACUCAACACAAAAACUACACCAUCAAUGACAACUAUAACUACUCCACCCAAAACUUCACAGUUGACUUUUAAUUCAUCAACUUUACAUUUUUCAAGCAUGCCAUCAUCAACACAAUUAUUAUCAAAUAUGCCAGACAUUAAUAUGCCUUUAAGUAUAAUCAACACAAAAGAAAUUACAUUGCCUGUUACUACAGUAGUCUCUUCAACAUCAUCAGCUGCAGAUACUCAACCAGAAGACACAUCACCACAUAGAAAUCCAACACCAUCUCAAUCUACUUUAGUCUCAAGAGAUUCAACCUCAUUAUCAUCAACAGUUUCACCUUCAUCUACCCAUGCAGCAUCUUUGUCUUCGCCACAAACAGUAACUUCCAGUUCGACAGCUCAGACAGCUAUACUUACAACUUCAAGAUUAAUGCCUUAUUUAUCACCUGCAACUUCAAACAAUAUCACUUCAUCAAUGUCUUCUUCACCACGUUUGUCCACCGCUCUGAUGAAAUUACAUACAACAAACACAAAAUCUAUCAUGUUACCUACCACCCAAGUAGUCUCCACAUCUUCUUCAGCAGAGUCAGUAGUUAACACUACUGAGCCUGGAGAUACAUUACCACACAAGGUUUCACCACCUGAGUCCUAUCCAACUGCACUCAGUUAUUCAGUUUCAACAUCUUCACUAUCUGCAACUUCAAACUCUGCAGCUGUUGAUGUAGAUAUUUUGCCCAAACCAUCAGAUAUAACUAUGUAUCACUUCAUCGAUGCUAUCACUAUCAAAGAUUCAAACCACUAA